AUGCAGACCCCGACGCCGUCUCGAAAGGCGUCGACGGCGCUGCUGGCGUGCGGUGGGGCGGCAGGGAGCAGCGUCCGGCGGCCACGCGGCAGCGACGACGACGCCGGUCCCCUUGUGGCGGGCGACACGGAGGAUGAGUUCGGUCAGUUCUUUGAGGCGAUGGCCGCUCCGGGUGCGGCGGCGGCGGGCGGGAAGACGGCGCCCGCGAGUAGUUUUAAUGGGCACGCGUCCACGCCGCUGAGGGGUGCGGGGGACGGCGAGGAGCCACCGGCCCCAACAGCCACAAGCCUGGCAGUCAAAAACGGGCGGAAGAAGGCCUCACAGUAUGACCACGCGACUGACGGAGCGCAGCUUUUACCUGAGACGCCCGCGCUAAUUGCUUCUUCGAGCCCCACUAUCCAUAGGCUGGGGGGUCGCUGCACGACUUCGGUGGAGGGCAACUCCUCUGCGCCUGAAAGGGGUGCGACGAUGUCGCCGGCGUCGCUGGAAGUUAGUGGCGCGGACGAGCGGAGUGUCGGCUCCUGCACAAGCGGUCACAUUCACGCCCCACCGGCGCCCGACAGGGGACCCAAGCCUGCGCAUACUGCCGCUCUCAUGGGGCCGGACACGCAUCGUCUUGGUAGCCCGCCUCAUAACGAUGGGGCGGGAGAAAAUGUCACGGCGUUGCGGCCGCCGCCGCGCCUUAGCAGUGCCUCGGGAGAGACGGAGGGGAGCGACUCUGGCGCGCGUGCCGCGCACCUGCAGGGCAGCGUGGAACCCGUUGAAAGGGCAGACAGUGCCUCACCCGCGACGCCGCCACCGAAUGCCGUGGGUCCUGAAGUGGACGACGACGAUGAUGAAUUUGGGGAGUUCGUGGAGGUCGCUCUCGGCCCGGGCGCGGGGCCGCCGCCGCACGCCAUGGAAGAAGCGAAGCGGCAGCCCGUUAACGAAGUAGCGCGGCGUGAGGAGGACCGCCGCGAUGAGGACGGUGCUGACGGCGGCGGCGAUGAGGAGGAGGAGGAGGAGGAGUGGUCCGCGUUUGCCGACGCCGUGGCCCCGUCACAUCCGCAACUGCGACGGGUGGCGUCUGCGGAGGACGCUCGCUCCCCGGAGUGCGCGGGACAAUUUGUCUUCCACAGAGACCUGGACGUUGCCGCGGUGGCGCGUCACCUUCGCGAGCUUACCGGGUGUGUGCUGGAACGGGAGCGGGGCCGCAGCCACGGCGGCGUCACGGAGCAGGCGCCGCCUGACGCCGUCUGUCGCCGCGGCGGGGAGCCCAAGGCGCGGCGGUCGCGGGGCGAACUUCUGCUUGCCGUGAUGGAGUCUCUCUCCUUCACCCGACUUGGCGCAGCUGCCGUCGCCGACGGCGCAACUCCUCCGUUGGGCAGCUCCGUUGGGGGCCCGACUACUUCUCCUGCGCCCCACAACCUCCCGGGGUGGCUGCCAUCUUUUGGGGAGCGGUGCGGGGGUGGCGGUGAGACUCCGCAGCCGCAGCCGAAGCCGCUCACCUUGAGCCUCGUCGACCCCAUCGUGGCGCUGCGCAUCUCCGACCGACGCACGCCCCACCGCCGUGAGCAGCUGGAGUCUGUCCUCCUCCAGGCUUCUCAGCUGCGGCUCCACGCUGUACCUGUGAGUGAGGCCAUUGCCAAGGCGCGGGAGCUUGCAACGGAGUACCAGCAGCAGCUGCAGCAACGACGAGAAAAGGAAGAGGGACACUCGAAUGUGGAAAAUGGCUCGGUGUGGGAGAUCCACCCAACUUUGCCGACGCCAUGCAUUGGAGGUAGUCUCUUUCCUGCGCCCUCCCUGAGGUUGCCGCUCUAG